AGAACCACGGAUACCCCUAUCAGGGGGCCGAAACUUCGCUUCCGCUCCGGCCGCCUGUCAGGCCCCUGGUGGAUCCUGAUGCCGAAGGAGAGGUUGAUCCUUCUAUGUACCCGCAACCCAAAGAAGCCACUCACAAGAUCCGCGGAAGACACGACCUGCUGGAGCGCUUCUUCGGCGGCCCCUUGGACCAGGAGCUGCUCGUCGUAAAGAGCUUCUAUUUCUUUUUCUACUCGGCCUUCGGGUCGCUCUUUCCGCUGAUGGGCGUCUACUUCAAGCAGAUGGGCAUGAACGCCGCCCAGGGUGGCUUCCUCAUCGGCUGCAGGCCUUUCGUCGAAUUCCUCUCGGCACCCUUCUGGGGCACCAUGGCUGACAGAUUGCAAAUGUACGCUGGAGAAAUUCCUGGAAACGGCGAUGGCAAAGGAAAUUGCAAUUCAAAACUCCCGCCAAAGUCAAAAUGGAGGGGAAGUGUUCAACGUCAAUCACAGCCAAUCAGGUCAGUGGAAGAAACCAAACAGGAACGCG